AUGGGCAACCCGACCUCGACAGCCGAGACGCGGGCCAAGGCGGGAAAGGCGGGAAAGGUGGGCAAGGGUGAGAAAGGGACGUCACGGAAGGAAAUCCCACCGCCAUCAGGCGCCUUUGCGCUGCCGCCGCCCAAACCCGAGUACUUCGAGGAGAACGGCCUGCGAAAGGUCAAGCCUUACAUGUUCGCCUUCCAGAGCUUCGCGAAGGAGCGAUGGCAGGGCCGAACGGUUCUCGACAUCUACAGUGAAUUCAGGGAUCGCACGAUAGAAUAUUACCAAUGGGCGAUCGAGACUGGCGUCAUCGUCGUCAACAACCAGAAGACGACUCCCGACUACGUUUUGCGGAAUGGAGACCUUAUCUCGAACGUCCUGCAUCGACACGAGCCGCCUGUCGUUGCUGGCCCGAUCAGGAUCAUCUAUGACGGUCGGCUACCAGGGAACGAUGGGGAGACGCUGGUAGUGGAGAAGCCUGGGUCGAUGCCGGUCCACCCAACCGGUCGCUACAACUUCAACACCCUUCUUGAGAUCCUCAAAUACGACUACGGUCUGCCGCUCGUGCACACCUCGAACCGCCUCGACCGCCUGACAUCCGGCGUGAUGGUCUGCGCUCUCACUGCUGAGGCGUCGAAGAAGCUCGGUGCUUGGUUCGGUGGGCGACGGAAUCACGAAGGUGGGGUGAGCAAGGAAUACGUUGCGCGGUGUUUGGGAAAGCUCCCCGAUGGCGAGAUCUUGUGCAAGGAGCCGCUAUUGACGAUCGACCGUCAAAUCGGCGUCAAUGUUGUUCACCCGGACGGUCGCGAUUCGAAGACGAUUUUCCGAAGAAUGAGCUACGACGAGCGAAGCAACACGAGCGUCGUGCAUUGUCGCCCCAUCACGGGCCGGUCUCACCAGAUCCGCGUCCACCUCCAAUUCCUCGGCCACCCAAUCGCCAACGACCCGGUCUACCAGAACCGCGCCGCAUGGGGCGACGAAGGUGGGAAAGGCGGGGUGUUUGGGAAAGACCGCGGCGGGACGGAGGAGGAUAGGGAGGAGAGGAGGAGGAGGGGGCAAAGGGUUUUGGCGAGGGAGGUGGAGAGGGUGAAGGAGGAUGGCGAGCAGGAGGCGAAGGGCGGAAAAGAGGGUGAUGCAGCACCCGACCCUCCUCGACCGCGCUACAAUGCAUCCGGCGACCUCCACUCCGACAUCGCUCGCGCAAACCGCUCCCAGCCCGACUCUCCAGCCAUUGACGACAUUGCUUCCGGCUCAAUCGCAGCGGAAGAGGCACUGACCGCCGGUGCCAAGCGUGCGAUCGCCGCGUUGCGGGAAGUCAAGGACGAAGCGGACGGGUUCGCGCGCGAGCGGGAUCUGGAGGCGGUUGAGCGGGCGCGACGGAGCGAGAGGAACUUGAUGAGCAUUGAUGCGGACCCGGAGGUGGUUAGCUCUGCGGCGGAGGAGGAUGGAGCGGCGGAACGAGCGGGAGAAGCGGACGGGUUCUGCUCGACUUGCUUCACGCCGCUCCACCCUGAUCCGAAGCCUGAGGCGCUGUUCAUCUGGUUGCAUGCUAUGCGGUACAAAACGAUCGACUGGGACUGGUCGAGCGAGCUGCCGUACUGGGCGGAGGAGACGUACGAGGUCCCGCUGUCGUCCAUAUUGGCGUAG